CGGUGCAGAACAAGUAUGGAAAUGGGAGGUGACGAAGGUGGAGAAGAAAGGUUUGCCUCUUUUUCCGCGCCCAUUCUUCUUCUUACCUGAUAUAUCUUCAAAACGCCAUUACUUCCUCUAAUUCAAUCUCUCUCUCUCUCUUGCGCCCCCCCGUAGGAGAGAAUUUGACUGCGGCGACUCCCUCCUCUCCCGCGCUUGAAUCCUGCUGCUCUUUCAUUUGCCAAUUCAAAUUUCUCAAAUCCUGAGACCGAAUUUCGACCUCAUCCUCAACAUUUCUCAUCAUUCUGCAACUUCCUUCUUCUUACAGGUGGAACCUCUCCAAGAACUAAGAAAUGUUUGGAUUCUUAAAGUCACCAGCCCCUGCAGCAGGUCCCGAAGGUGGCUUGCAAGAAACUAAAACAGGGAGAAGGACAGCUUCCGAACCUCAACUCAAUGUACCUGACAAUAUUGUUGAAGACAAUGGAGCUGCAAGGAGGCCCACAUCAAAUGCUGCAAGAAACAGAAAUAAGAGAGAUUCUGAGGAUUUAGACAGCAUGUCUGUUCAGGAGUUGGAGAAUUAUGCUGUCAAUAAGUCUGAAGACACGACAAGUAGUGUGAAUAACUGUCUUAGGAUUGCAGAGGAUAUUAGAAGUGAUGCUACUAGGACGCUCGAGACUUUACACCAGCAAGGAGAUCAAAUACAGAGAACACAUAUGAUGGCUGCUGAUAUGGACAAGGAUUUGAAAAAGGGUGAAAAACUUUUGGGAAAUCUUGGAGGAAUGUUCUCUUUUGGAUGGAAACCGAAGAAGGGAAAAGAGAUUACUGGCCCUGUAAUCACUCAAGAUGAUAAUGUCAAAGGAAAACAGAACAAGGAGCAAAGGGAGAAGUUGGGUUUGGCUCCGGCACCAAAGGGGGGAAGGUCGGCUCCAGUCACACCACCUAAUGGGCAGACAACUGCCAUGCAGAAAAUUGAGAUGGAGAAGCAAAAGCAAGAUGACGGGCUCUCAGAUCUAAGUGAUAUUUUGGGCGAUCUUAAGGGAAUGGCUGAAGAAAUGGGAGGUGAACUUGACAAGCAAAACCAUGCUCUCGACCAUCUUCAAGGAGACAUUGACGAGCUGAACUCGCGAGUGAAGGGCGCUAAUCAACGCGCAAAACAUUUGCUAUCCAAGUGAUCAAUGAAUAAAUCAUCUCCUAACUACCACGAACCCGGGUAUCAUCUUCGAUCUUGCUAUUUUUUUUUUACAUUUUCCACCACUGUAUAUGUACUUAGCAUAGAAUAAAGAAGGCUAAUGCCUUCACAAAAUAGGAUCCAUGAAUUUGUAGUUAGAAUAUAAUAGAUAUGCCUUGUAAAUUCUCCUCUUGAAUCAAAUGAGAAAAAUAUAUGUUGAAACUAA